GAGAGAGAGAGAGAGAGAGAGAGAGAGAGAGACAGAGAGAGAGCGAGUGGGAGGGAGGAAGUCCUCCACUCCAGGACUUCUGAUGAAGCGCGUCAGACAUUACUGUAUGAGAGAAAGCAGAGGACUUUGGCCACCAGUGAGGAACGAGACGCAGAUGUGAAAGUGGACUGUUUGUAUGCAAGUGGGGUGAAAAGAGAGAGACCCUCCCCUCCUCUCUGUGGGUCAGCCGAUGAAAGAAGAUGAUGAGCCAAAUCAGCAGUGCCCUCUCCGACUUCCUCUUCGAGUACGAGACCCCGCGCCAGGUGCUGGUGAGGAACAGGAGGGUGGGAGUGGUGUGCCGCCUGAUCCAGCUGGGGGUCCUGGCGUACAUCAUCGGGUGGGUGUUCAUCUACGAGAAAGGCUACCAGUCCACAGACAUAGCAGUAAGCUCCGUCUUCACCAAAAUGAAAGGAGUGGGCUAUACCAACAUAGAGGGACGUGAGAGAGUGUGGGAUGUGGCCGACUACGUCUUCCCGCCGCAGGGAGACUCAUCUUUUGUGGUAAUGACAAACUACAUUAUAACUGAAGGUCAGAAGAUGGGAAAGUGUCCAGAGCUCCACGGCAAGCACAACUGCAGCUCACACGCUGACUGUGAAGGAGGGAGUUUCAAACGUACGGGACAUGGACAAAUGACGGGGGUCUGCCUGAACGCCACGAAGACCUGCGAGGUGUUGGCGUGGUGCCCUGUUGAGGAUGAUGACAACAUACCAGAUCCUCCUAUGCUGAUGUCGGCAGAGAACUACACACUGUUCAUCAAGAAUUCUGUUACUUUCCCCUUGUUUGGCGUCUCAAGGAGCAACCUGGUGGAGAAUAUCGAUAGUGCAUACAUCAGCAAAUGCCUUUAUGAUCCGACGAACGCUCCACUGUGUCCCAUCUUCCGACUGGGAGACAUAGUUAAACUGUCUGGCUUCAAGUUCGAAACAAUAGCCAGGGUGGGAGGGGCCAUCGGUAUUGUGGUCGACUGGACAUGUAACCUAGAUGUGGAUGUAAAACACUGUAUACCAAAAUACAACUUCCACGGUCUGUACGGAAACGCCGCUGAGACAGACCAAGCCAGAGCUUCAGUUGGCUACAAUUUCAGGUAUGCAAAGCAUUAUUUGGAGGACAACGAACAGAAGAGAACCCUUCUCAAAGUGUUCGGGAUCAGGUUCGAUAUCAUUGUGCAGUCACUGGCAAGAAAGUUUGAUAUCAUCCCAACACUGACAGCUAUAGGCUCUGGAGUGGGCAUCUUUGGAGUGGCAACUGUAGUAUGUGACUUGGUGCUGCUCUAUUUGCUGCCGAAGAGAGAAUUUUACAAGAACAUGAAAUUCAAAUACACAGACCCCCAUGUACAGCCCGACAGCGAGUCGCUGCGUAUAGAAACAAGCGUCUAUUACACCUUUGAAGCGAAUGCAAGACAAGUCCAAGGCACUGGCCAGUCCAACGACCCUGAUUCAGAGGCAUGCAGCAUAGAGACGGAGGUAUGCAAAAAGUGACGUGGGAGCAACAUUUUGAGGUACUUUGAAGGACUACUGAACUGGGACCCUGCAGUAGACCCUACAAGACACACAGACAAACACACACACACAACUCUGGAUUGAAAGGACAGUCUAAGACAGUGCUCCACGUGUCCAGUUUCUUCAGCAGCAUCUUCUACCAACAUCUUCCCUCUCUUACAGCAACCCUGAGUGACUGGGACUGACUCUUGAUGUUGUCUUGAUGUUAUGUGUAGUUUUUUGGGUGUAUAGCUCGGUUUGUAACCCCCACCAGUGCAGCUGAAAGAACACUUUCUGGCACUUCCAGUUGCUUCCGUGUGUCCACAAAUCAUCCAUAAGUCAUCCAGUAGUUCUGUCACCGUCUUUGUCACAGCAAAAAAAAUACACAGAUAACGUGUGGAUGUGCCACAGCGAAUCUUCCCCCGUGUGCACCAUGUGAUCGGCAAUAAAUUCAAUAAAAGAUGUACAGUAAUA